AACUGGGCAGCGAGAAAACAGGUCCUAAUGUUUUUCCCUUUUAUUUGUCAUGGUUCAACGAUCCUCUUACUUAUCCCCAACUACAUACCAGACUUUAUAAAAUAAUCCGCAGUUUCCGGUAACAUCACACGUCAAAAAAAUUUCAAUUGUAGUUUUUUUAAAUUCAAUUGAACCCAUGACAUAUUUAUCUAAAAAAAAAACACAAAAUUGCAGUUAAAAACUAAUUAAUACCACUUUAUUUUCGCACUUCGACAGCCCCAACUAUUGUGUAUAAAAAGAAACCCAGAAUUGUUAAUGAAAAAAAAAUACUAAUCAGCUUAUUAAUUAACUUUCCCGUAAGUUGUUUCAUUCAAGGAAUUCGUCAGCGAAAUUAUCAUAGUAACGACCGUAAACGUCAUAACUCCCUGAAACCUAGUAUAGUUUAUACAAGUGAAGAAAUGUGAAAAAAAAAAUUGUGAUAAGAGACACAAGUCGACACGAGUCGUUUAAUUAUUGUUUCAUAGUCAGUACAGCAAAGUGUAGUGAAGAUAAACGUCGGCUUGUAGAGAACUUGGCGCAGUCCUCGCUGUACUUCAACGUGGAAGGAUGCCAGGGGAGACUGUCCUCACUGUCAUCGUCUGUUUACUCAUUCUAUUGGGUCCCACGUGUCAGUCGGCGCCAGCUGCGGUGGUUGCAUCUAAAGGAUGGACCAUUGGUAAUGGAAUUGAAUACCAUUUGACAACAAUUGUUCUGUCGAGAGAGUCUGGUGCACCGAAGUCCGGUGGUGAUGUUGGAUUUCAAUUCACCGGCGACUUGCGUGUCGCGGCUGUUUGGAGUGAUCCUAAGGAUUUGGAUGUACAACUUCUCGAAAUUAAGCUACUCACCUCUCAGCUGUACAUUAAAUCGCGAAAGGCCCCGGAGCCGGAAGGAUUCGUCGAGCACUCAUCGAAGAUUGACGACAUCCCGCAGCACCCGAUCUACGUUCUCUGGAAGAACGGUGAGAUUCUGAAGGUGUUCCUCAGCCCCGACGAGACAAUCUCCUCCGCGAACUUCAAACGCGGACUGGCAAGUCUCUUUCAAUACAGAACCGUUGAUGGAGACUACCGGGAGCACGAUGCCUCUGGCAUCUGCAACGUCACCUACGAGUCUCGCGGUCCUCAUGUGAUUGCAAAAUCCAAAAAUCACUGCGAAGCGAUCAAUCUAUCGCCACGUGCUCAGCAUCCUAGUCCCGUCCUGGGAGUUAACUUAGACAGCUCUAGGUUCGCCACCUACACGCUAGACCCUUCACUCCUGCCAGUGAAGAUUGAAGAGACUGAAAUUCACGAGGUGACGCUCCAGGCGAAGCCCGAAGUCGGCGCAACCGUCACUAGUCAGAGGAUCCUCCAAGAAACGCAAAGAGUGACGGCUGCGAGGAUUGAUGGUAGGAGUGUCAGGGAUGCCAUUGUUCAUCUGCAACCUGGCUACAAGGAAGUGGAUAUCAAUCUUCAGGUGGAGCUGAUCACGUGUCCUGAAUCUGGUUGUCCAACGUUGGAAGAAAUAAUCGAGCAGAACCGCGAAGCCCUAGAGAUUUCCGCCAUCGGAAGCGCAAAAUCUGCCGCCGCCUUUUUGAAACUCAUUCCCCUAGUGCGCGACGCAUCGGCAGACGAUCUGGUAAAAAUUCUGAAGAGCCCGCGUUAUCUCCAGCUGAAGACCCAACUGCUGGACGUCCUUGGAUCAGCAUGCACUCCCGCCACUCAUCAGGCAGCCAUGAAGCUCCUCCGUCAGGACGAAACGGGCGACGACACUGAGCGUUAUCUGUGGGCAUUGUCCAUGUCCCCAGUCCCUCACCCAGACAUUAUCAAAGACGUCCUCAAGCGUUCUGAGGAGACGCUCCAAAACCAACGAGUAUCGGAAACCCUAGCGCUCACUGCGGCGGCCAUGGCGAGACAACUUGAUGUGUCCGUGAUAAAGGAGAAGGUUCGUGUCAGCCUGGAGCUUGGACUAGACACCUGCACCGGGGAUGACUGCCGUCUAAAGUUCCUGCGGGCCCUUAAGAACCUCAGGAGCAAGGCUUCCCUUCCUGUCUUGACGUCCUACGCCAUCAAUGGAACGAAAGCCACAAGUGUUGCAGCCUGGCGAGCCCUGGGUGCCCUCGACUCCAAACACAUCACCGAAAAGCUCAAAAUCGCGGCCAAGAGGACGUUCUUUCAAAUUGGCGGGCCCAAGAGAGACAGCAGCGCUAGAACCCUCGCUGCAGACAUCAUCCUCGAGAACGAGCCAUCGAUUGAGGAUCUCAGGCACUUCUUGGAGUACCUCACCACCACUGACUCCAUGUAUGAAGUCAGGAGGUACCUCAGCCAAAGGCUAGAGCAGCUGGCGGAGAAGAACUCCAUCUUUCGUGAGAAAUUCAAUGCCGCGAUCGACGCAGAAGCUAAGAGGGUCAAAAACUAUAACGUCCUGGCCCAUCGGGGACUCAGCACCGCAUUCACGAGACCUUUUCUGACGUCCGCUGCGAGUAAUGGAUCUCUGGUGACAGUUCAGGAAGUGAAUUCCGGACUUUUAAAGCGAGGAGUCGUUGAUGUCGUCAUGCAAACUGGUCCUCAUGAGGAGGCGCUCUUCUCCCUGGGCCUUUUUGCCGGUGGUCUCGGCAGUUUUAUGUCCUCAAACUCUCAAGAGGAAACGGACGAUGAGGAGGUCGCCACGGCGGGCAUGGAAAUCGGCAUCCUCGGAGUGGGAAUUAGACCCUUCGUUUUCUUCUCGGGACAGGGAGAGCUGAUGGGUCACGUGUGGUCGGGAACAGCAUCGGAGAGGACCUCGGCCUUCCAAACAAUUGCUAGUCUCCAUCGGCACCGGGAACUCGUGCCACUGAGUGUCGGCUUCAUCGCGGAGAUUGACGUGGAAGGGGCUGUAAGCUUUGACCUCGCUGGACAAAUUCAACUAUCCCUCUGGUCUAGAAAUGCUCAGUCUCUCGUGGAAAUGGGGGCAGGGGUUGUGGUGAAGGGAGGCUUCAGAAUUAAGUCUGACUUUGUAUUGAGUAAUUCCGAAUUUGCAUUGAUCCUGGAACCCAAAUUGGAGCUAUCAACUGAUGUUGAUUUCUCCGGACCCGUCAGCCUCUGCAUGAGACUUAUGCAGCCAGAUGUCUCCGCCGUACACCAGAUUUAUAAAAUUGAGAGGAUACCCGGUAGCAAGCACCGGCUCCGGAAGACGAGGAGGGUCGUUGUACCGACCCCGGCCAGAUCAUAUUUGCUCAACAAGAAGAACAACGAAAUGUGCUCGAAGGUAUUUAGUUAGUGACACAUCAUAAUUCAAGUGACUCAAGAAAUUCUAUCGUUAUCAGAACUAUCUUUUUCAAUUGCUACAUGUGUACAGUUUAAUAUUGUGAUGCAGUGAAGUGUUCCCAUACGUGAGAUUCAGUUCAUGAACAUCAGCUGGAAGAUAUCAUAGGAAUCAUUGAUGAUAUUUUUCUUCAUGCUCAUCAGAAUGAUAAUUUUAUCCAUUUACUCAUUUUCAAUUGAAUGUCAUUCAAUCUCGCAUUACUUGAAAGUCUGCUCAAGGCAUUUGUUUAGUUAUUUUUGUAUGAUAUAUCAAAUAAUUCAAGAUGCGACUGAUGAUCCCAGUGAUUGUUCUAUUCUGUUCGAUGAAUGCCAUAGUUUAUUAAUAAAAAAAUACAAAUAAGUAAGACAUA